AUGAAUUCAGAGUACUAUGGAACUCCCUCCCAAAAUGGGUAUGGCUACUCUGGGCCUCCACCUCCCCAGGGCCCUCCCCAAGGGUAUCAGCAAUCAUAUCCGCAACAGUACCCAGAGCCUCAGAAUCAGUACCCGCAGUUUCAAUACCCCCAGUCUUACAACGGGCAGCAGCAGCAGACCGCCCCUGGUGAAGCCCAGGGUGGUGAGCGUGGUCUUGCCGGUGCUCUUGCCGGUGGCGCUGUCGGUGGUUUCGCUGGCCACAAGGCCAACCACGGCUUCCUCGGAACCAUCGGUGGUGCGAUUGCCGGUUCCAUUGCUCAAGACGCCUACAAGAAGCACCAGCAUGAACAGAACCUUCCUCCCCAAGGCGGUCCCUACCCGCAGCAAUUCCCUCCGCAGCCAUAUCCGCAAGCGGGUCCAUAUCAACAGUAUCCCCCGCAAGGCCCAUAUCCACCGAGUCAAUUCUAUCCACUGAAUCGGCUGCAUCACAAUAAAAAGUCUGUGAUGAAAAGACAGGAGGAAGUCGAAGAGCUUCAGGACAAGAUCAACCGCGUUUCCCAGCAUAUGCAGCAGGGCCCCUCUCAUCACAAAAUGAAGGAUCUGCGGAAAGACAUGGAACACUUGCAGAAGGACCUGAGAAAGGCCCAAGAGGACUACCAGAAAGAGUUAGACAAGGCGCUAGACGACGAUGCUAAGAAGGGACGACACUAA